GGCUCUUUCCUCUCCUGCGUCGCCUUUCCUUUGCCCCACCGUCCCCAGACCCCCCGUCUGCAAUGCUGCCACACCGGCAGCUCCAAAUUCUCAAAGUGCUCCUGUAAACUUACAUUUUAUAUUUGGGGUUUCCAUCUCCUUCAUUUUUUUUUUGGUCCUUGGAGAAGUUCAACCUGUGGAUUACAUGGAUCUGGAAACAAGACUGUGAUCACCAAUGGGAAUGGAAUAAUUUACAAAAAAUACGUUUUUUUUUAGUUUGCUGACAAGUGGAAGCUGAUUGGAUUUACACUGAAGCUGUGAUUUUUCUGUAACUUCAGCAUAUGGAGGCUUAGGCCCCAACUCAAAGGAUUAUACCUGAAAUAGUUUCCAUAUCACCAUGGCUGAAGGAAGCAAACCGGCCUCCCCCACUCCAGCCAGUGGGUCCAGUGGGUCCAGUGGAGCAGCGGCACCACAGACGAGCUCUCUCAAGUCUAAAGGUGUGGGCCUCCUCAGGAAGGUGAAGGUGUCUGUGGAGCUGCUGAUCGCUCUGGCCGCUCUGCUGUCCUGGUUGGUUGUAGGGGUGGUGAUGUUUGACUUUGUGGAGUACAAGUCUGUCCCGGACAUUCAACAAAUCAUUACGGACCCUGUGCAAGCUAUGAACGACGCUGUAGAUGAAGUUUCCAGUCUGCUCAACAAAUUUCAAGAAUGUGCACCUGAUUUAAGUGACCCCGCGUCUACUGCCGCUUAUGUAGCUGAAGAAAUAGCAGAAGCGAAAGAUGGAUUUGUUCGACAUUUUUCAGACAAGGACGGAAACUUCUACCUCAGCUACGUCGACCCUGUGGUCAUCGGACGACAAGUUUUCCAUUCAACCAACGACUUCAUGGGUGGAGUGGUGUGCUCCGUCAGGGAAUCACUGUGUGCUAUUGUGGACACUUUAUUGAAUACUAUAUCGGGUAUAGCUGAAGGAAAAAUUGACCUUAACUCCAUUGACCCUGUGGUGACAGGCAGAGGCGUCUUCAGUGUUAUGAAUGGGUUCAUAUGUGGAGUGCAGGACUACAUCCAGAAUGUGCUCUGUGCCAUUUGGGACACUAUUCUGGACGUGGUGAAAGGAACCACUGACAUCAGCUUCAUGGAUCCUGUGUCAGUUGGCAGAAACGUCUUCAGCGUGACUAACGACACUUUGAGUGGAAUAGUGAGCUACGUCCAGGACGUACUCUGUUCCAUCAUAGACAGCACACUGGAUAUUAUAAAAGGAACCACUGACAUUAGCUCCGUUGACCCUGUGGCCAUUGGCCGGAAUGCUUUCAGUGUUACUAAUGACAUCCUGAGUGGAGUCGCAGGAUACAUCCAGGAUGUGCUCUGUACAAUCAUGGAUGUAAUACUGGACACGUUAGAAGAUAUCCAGCAGGCUGUGGGAUUCAGUCCCAUGUCGGUUCUGAAGACGACUGCAGAAAUCACCAAAGAACAGAUGAACAUGCUCGUGAGCUACGUCUCAACGAUGGUGCUCGGUGAUGAAGGGAUCGUGUCUGAAGUGUCCAUCGACCCCAUGAAAGUUGUGGAAGAUGCUGUGUUGGAGUUCACAGACAAGAAAGAUUUGUUCGUGGCUUACAUGUCAAGCAUGCUUGUUGGUGAUCAAGGUGAACCUGUAGCCACGCCCGGUGUAAAUGUAGUAACUCAAGAAGAUGAAACUGUAGCUUCUCCAUCCGAUAUAACUUUGGUGAGAAAAAAAGGAGUAUUUCUGCCAUCUAAGAAAAAAGUUGCAGAGAUUAUGCAAGCGGCCAAAGAUGAAGCUGCUCCCGCACAGAUAGGUGAAGACUCAAAGACUGAGGAGGAGGAGGAGGAGGCUGAAGUUCCCACUGACGCUGCCAGUGAGACAGAUGUGCACGAGGAAGAGGAAGAUGAUGUGAAACAUGUCGACCUUGAAGAAACAGAACAUGAACUACCACUGGAAGAUGAGGCCGUCAUUGAUAAUGAUGACAAGGAGGAAGAGACAGAGGAGAAGGAAAAGGAGAAGGAAGCACAGGAGGAGAUUGUAGAGGAGGAAGGUGAAGAAAAGGAGGAGGACUUAAAAGCAGUGGAAGAUGAAGGAGAACAAGUCGACAUUAAUACAGUGAUGGUUGAAAACAAAGAGGAGGAGAAGCAGGAGGAACCAAAAACAGAUGAAGUGGUAGAGGAUGAAGAUGAGGAGGAGGAAGAGGAAGUCAAAACUGAAGCUUUGGAAGUAGCGGAGGAGGCCAAAACUGAGGAUUUGGAAGAUGAUGAAGAGGGGGAGGCCAAAAAUGAAGAUUUGGAAGAAGAGGCCAAAACUGAAGUUCUGGAAGAAGAUGAGUUGGCCAAAUCUGAAGAUUUGGAAGAAGAUGAGGAAGAGGAAGUCAAAACUGACGCUUUGGAAGUAGCUGAGGAGGCCAAAACUGAGGAUUUGGAAGAUGAUGAAGAGGGGGAGGCCAAAAAUGAAGUUCUGGCAGAAGAUGAGGUGGCCAAAUCUGAAGAUUUGGAAGAAGAUGAGGAAGAGGAGGCCAAAACUGAAGUUCUAGAAGAUGAGGAGAGACCAAAACUGAAGUUCUGGAAGAAGAGGAGGAGGUCAAAACUGAAGAUUUGGAAGAAUAUGAGGAGGAGGAGGCCAAAACAGAAGUUCUGAAAGAAGAUGAGGUGGCCAAAUCUGAAGAUUUGGAAGAAGAUGAGGAAGAGGAGGAGGCCAAAACUAAAGUUGUGGAAGAAAAGGAGGAGGAGGCCAAAACUGAAGCUGUGGAAGAAGAGGAGAAGGAGGAGGAGGAGGAAGAGGAGGAGCCUACAACUUUAGUAUUGGAUGAGGAGGAAAAGGCCAAAACUGAAGAUUUGGUAGAAGAUGAAGAGGAGGAGGCACAUAAAACAAAAACUGAAGAGCUUCCAGAAGAAGUUGGAGAGGUAGAGAAGGAGGAGGAGGAGGAGGAGGAAGAGAGCAAAACUAAAGAAGAUUUAGUGGAAGAUGAAGAGGAAAAAAUUGAAGAAGAGACUAAAGAGGAGGAAACUGUAAAUAUAGAUCUUCAUGAGGAUGAAGAAAGAGAUGAAGAAAACAUUGAAUUAACGAACACUAAGCUAGAAAUAGAGGGCGAUGAAGCUUCAGAGGAGGAAGGAGAAAAGCAUGACGAAACAGAAGCUGAGGACGAAGAUCCUAAAACUCUGUCGGCUGAAAAACUCAGCAACGUCAGUGUUGUACCUGAAUCCGAUGAUGAAGACAAUAUGACCUCUUUUCCUUCUGGUUAUGACCAAGACAAAUACUCCGACGUCAUCGAUGACGAAAACAACAACAACAGUGAGAACAGUAAAGCUGAAGCUAAAGGAAGGAGGAAACAUCUCGUUCCCUUUGAGGGGAUCAGAGGAGUCAGAUCCAGAGCUGCUCUCAAAGACGAAGAGCAACUCCACAAACAUGACAAAGACCUAAAAUCCACAGAACCUGAGGAGGAGAAAAAAGACAAGGGAGCCAAACUUGAAGAAACUAUAGACAAACUAAAAGACGAAAAGCCAAAGAAGGAGCUCAAACCUGAAACAAAAACAACUGAGACUAAACCAGAGAAGACUGAA